AUGAACUACGCCAUUAACGUCACGCAAGCCUCCUCCGAUUCACUCACCACUCAUAAAAUUAUCCCUGACGUUGUGCAGGACAAGUCGUUCAAGCCCCAGGGGCUGCUGGCCGUGGAGUACUCGGCCGCGGCGCCCGUGGCCAUGGGCAACACGCUGACCGUGGAAGAGACUCAGUCAAAGCCCAAGUUCCACUUCACGCUGGACCCCAAGUCGGAGUUCAAGAUCAGGGACGCAGACCUCUUCACGCUUGUGAUGACAGACCCAGACGCGCCUUCCAGAACCGACAAGAAGUGGAGCGAGUUCUGCCACUUCGUCGCGGCGGACAUCAGACUGGCCACGGAGACCUCGCGUUCCACUUCUUCCGCAGUGCCUGACUUCAUCGCCUCCGAGCUAUCUGGGGGCAAGACUCUUGUCGACUACCACCCACCAGGCCCUCCAAAGGGCACCGGCAAGCACCGCUACGUGUUUUUGCUGUACAAGCAGCCAGGCGACUCGUCCGCGUUUACAAAGAUCGCCGACAGACCCAACUGGGGCUUCGGCAGCCCAGCCACCGGGGUCCACAAGUGGGCCUCUGAGAACCACCUAGAGUUGGUUGCGGCCAACUUUUUCUUCGCGGAGAGCAAGUAA